AAAAAUCUCAUUUUUUGGCACACAUUCCCUGAGACUGUGAACAUAAUCACGAUGUUGACUACGUGGGUGAGAGAUGCAGCCGCUGCCCUGCUUGGAUUUGUAUCUUUUCUCGAGCCUACUAUUGAUCAGCAGCCAUUGCUUGCUUCGACACCUUUAAGUUCUGUGAACGACCCCCUGAAUCGUCAUCUCUGGAAAGACGGAUUUGAUAUCAAAACCGACUAUGAAGCCCACAUCCCUGAAGGCAAACUCGUCGAGUACCAUUUUACUAUUUCAGAAGCCGAGAUCGCACCGGACGGAUAUCUGACCAACGUUACUCUCGUGAAUGGGCAAUUUCCUGGUCCCAAGAUCGAAGCGGAUUGGGGCGACACCAUUCGGGUCACUGUGUACAAUAACCUGACCAACUUGAAUGGAACCGCUUUUCACUGGCAUGGGAUUCGCCAGUUCCAGACAAACUACUUGGAUGGAGUCCCCGGCGUAACUCAAUGCCCAUCAAAGCCGGGCGACACCCAGGUGUACGAGUUCCGAGCCAUGCAGUAUGGAACAGGAUGGUACCACUCACAUUAUAGUUUGCAAUACACAAACGGGGCUCGUGGUCCAGUGGUCAUCAACGGUCCGUCCAGCGCGAACUAUGACAUCGACGUGGAACCUCUUCUCAUCACGGACUGGUACCAUGCGGAUGCCUUCAGCUACUUCCAUGAAGAGAUCACGGAUCACGCACACAUACCAACAGGCACUCUGCUAAACGGAAAAGGUGUCUACGACUGCGAUCCCGCCGCUGAUCCCCGAUGUGUCAAUCCGCCGGGUCAGCGCCAUGAGAUCCAAUUCGAGAGAGGGCAAAAGCACAAACUACGCAUCAUCAGUAGCGCAAGCCUUGCUACUUAUAAGUUCUGGAUUGAUGGUCACAAUUUUACCGUCGUUUCUGCGGACUUUGUCGCAAUUGAACCAUAUGUAACUGAUGUGCUCAUUCUCGGCGUCGCACAACGCUACGAGGUUAUCAUCGAGGCCAAUGCUACCAUGGAGAAUGGCUCCAAUUUCUGGAUUCACGGAACUCAUUGCGACGACAUGAUGCCCGUUCCUUGGGAUACGAGAAUCGGCAUCAUCCGCUAUGACCCUAACGACACGAGCGAGCCGUAUACGCCGUCAGCAGAGAUGGGGCACCCCGGCUAUGGUUGUAGAGACCCCCCUCCUUCCAGCCUCGUCCCAAUAGUCCCACGUCACGUUGGCAACAAUGUGAAUGGCUUCAGCCCCGAGGACUACUUGCAGGUCGGGCUCCAGAGCUGGCCGAACAUCUCGGACCCCGACUCGACCAUCCGGAAAUGGGUCCUCGCCAACCGAACCCAGUACGUGGACUGGCGCGAGCCCAGUCUGCGCGAGCUGGUCUACGACGACGGCAAGACCAACCUGACCGACGAGCAAGCCCCCAUCGUCCUCGACUACGAGACGGGCGAGUGGGUCUACUUUGUCAUCGAGGGCAACUUCACCAUGCGCAACCCCUCGGGCGACCCGCGGCCCAUCCCGCGCUCGGUGCACCCCAUCCACCUCCACGGGCACGACUUCGUGAUCCUGGCCCAGGGCGACGGCACGUUCGACCCGGCGACGGUGACGCCGCUGCUCGAUAACCCGGCGCGCAGGGACACGGUCAACCUCCCGAUCGGCGGCUACGUGUGGAUCGCGUUCCAGAUCAACAAUCCUGGGACCUGGCUUUUGCACUGCCACAUAGCGUGGCAUGCAAGCGCGGGCUUGUCGCUGCAGUUUGUGGAGCAGCCGAGCAAGAUCAAGCCGCUAGUGGAGGAGGCUGGCGUGCUUCCGGAGAUGGAGAGUCGCUGUAAAGACUGGACGGAGCACUACAAUAGUGUGAACAUCCCCGAGGGAGCCUUGCAGGAGGACUCGGGUAUUUAG